AUGGAAAGACUACAAAUGCAGGGAAACAAAAUACAUAACUGGACUAUUCUUCUAACUGUCAACAACGGAUUCUACGAUUUCUUCCUAAAUUGGCGGUGGCAUUUUAAGCAACUAAAUAUUUAUUUGCCCAUAUCAGUAAUUGCAGAAGAUGAUAUUGUAUUUGGUAGACUUACCAGCUUAAAGGACAGCUCAAUGGAAGUGCAAAGAAGUGAGCGUGUAUCCAUUAACGAAACUGUCGCCUACAACAGUCCUUUGUAUAGAAGCAUGGUCUCUGAACGGCCUACAUAUAUUUUGAAGUAUUUAAAGAAAGGAACAGACAUUAUUUAUUCAGACAUGGACACUGUAUGGUUACAAAAUCCUUUGCCUUACUUAGAGGGCGACUAUGACAUAUGGAGUCAGAUGGAUGGAAAAACAGUUUUCUGCACAGGAUUUUUGGCUAUUAAAAGUAACAAUAAUACAAAAAAAUUUGUACAGAAAUGGGAGGAUUCAUUUAGAGAGAAACCUACGCUGAACCAACCAAUAUUUAACAAGUUGGUGAAAAACUCAACUAUAAAUAUAAAAGCAUUAGACAGAGAAAGGUUUCCAUCUGGAAUACAAUAUUUUGAAAAGUUUUCAAAAGAAGAACGUUCUGGAGUUGUGGUUGUACACAAUAAUUGGAUAGUUGGUCACAAUAAUAAGAUUAAGCGAUUCCAAGACAUGAAAUUAUGGGCAAACUAG